AUGCCGACCGGUAAGAUUUCCAAGCACUAUAUGUACGAAUAUUUUAGAGAAACUUCGACGCACGUCAAACAAAAUCUAGUAGUGGGUGUACAUUUUAUACUGCAUGGAAACAGAUCGAUACUGUCGUACAAAGAAACGCCUCUUGAUCAGUUUAUGAUGUACAAAAUACAAAAAAUAGAACCUAUAAAAGGCGUUAGUCCUGAGUACACAAGGCCGAUCACAUUUCAUGAGGAAAAUCAGUUUUACGCUGCCAAAUUGAGCACAAUUGACUCACGUUUGAUUCAGGGUUUAUCGCUACUGAACGUUCGUAUUUGGGGUUAUCCUGUAAACCAGGAACUAAUUGCAGCUAUACUACAAAAAAAACCUAAGCAGUUUAAUAUUACCUAUUAUCGGGAUAGGUACAGCUUAUUCAACAUGUUGAAAAACGAAGUAAUGGACUUGUUAAAUUGCGUGUACGUCUUUCACGCGCACGUACAUCUAACGCAAAUUCUGGCCUUAUUCGACCUAAUGAUCGUGUCGCCAGAUGAAAACAAGAAAUAUUUUUCUUCAAACGUGGAUUUGGCGUUCAAAUACUUCGAUAUAACGCUGAAAACGAUGGCCACGGUUUACAACGAAAAUUAUGUACCUGCCGGAUAG